AUAAAAGCAAUAAAAACUGCAUUAUUAAUUGAAAUAAACGAAAAUGGCAAGUGCAGCAGAUAGUGAAAGCACUUUUGAUUUAUCUAAACUCGAAAAACUACUUGCAGAUAGUGAUUAUAUUAAUCUAACCGAAGAAAUUAAGGAAAACUUGACACCGAAAACGGCCGGCGAUUGUUUAAGGGAUGAAGAAAGCAAAUCAAAAAUAUCAUUCGUAUCCACAGUGUUGGAUAAAACUUUGCAAAACAUUUCUUCUGAACCCAACGAUGAUUUAUUUGCAUUAGCUGCACAAUGUUAUCGGGUACUAAGAAACAUGUCAGCCUUCUCUCCAGAACUUCAAACCUAUAUAGCUUGCGAAACCACAGUAUUUCAAACCGCAGGCAAAAUGCUAGACUUUUUACAAACCCAAAAAAAUGUCUCACCAAAAUGUUAUUUAUCCCUUAUGCAAUUCAUCGGCAAUAACACUGUACAGAAUUCAAAAACACAACAACUAGUCUGGGAUCACUUUGAAAAACAAAUUUUGCACUGUCUAGACUCAACAGCUGAAUUAUCCAACGUUGCAGCAAUGAUUAUAUACAAUGUGUUACUGGGAGACAAAACAAGGAUUGAAAAUCAUGUUAUUUAUAUUUUAAAAACCUUAGAAACAAAUUCUUCCAAAGACAUACCGUACACAGAGAUUAUAUAUGAGUAUUACAUCACAAACUGGGACACUCAGUUAUCAAAAUUGUAUAAUGAGCUUCCUAGUACAGUGAAACUUUUGAUAUUUGAAAUCACUAAAAAUAUGAUACAAGAUGAAAGGACUUUGUCGCCUUCGUAUUUACAAUUUUUAGCUAAUGAGUUUAAAGUUAAGUCAGAUUGUAUUCUAAAAACUGUCUCAACUUACGUAGAAGGUAUUGAACCACAGGAGGUUGUAAGUUUGCUGAAUAUUUUGGCAUCUGCAAGUGGAAUGGAGUCCUACAAGUCUUGUUUCCAGGAUGAUAAGUCGUUAUUCAUUAAUUGUGCAUUUUUAUUACGAGCUAUGCACUCAAUGGGUAAAGAAAGUGAUAAUCAUUUCACAAGUAUUCAACGCUUAGCAGAUUUAGCACCUGGUAGAACUGAUGUCGAAAUCGAGGCACACAUUGCUUAUGGAUUCAAAGGACAGUUAAUACGAAUGCUUGGGAAUUUGAUGUAUAAAAAUCCUGUUAACCAAAAACAGAUCCGUGAAAUUGAUUGUGUUGGAGUCCUGCUAGAUUGUUGCAAUAUGGAUGCAAGAAAUCCACUAAUUAUGCAAUGGGUUAUUUUGGCUGUUAGAAAUAUGUGCGAAGACUGUCCAGAAAAUCAAGCUAUAAUAUUAGAAAUGAGAAAAGAAAGUUCUAAGUUUACUAAUCUUUGUGAAAAGGCUGGAAUUGUUAAUUUCCAAUAA